AUGCAAACAAGAGAGUCAAAACGGAUUGCUCUUAAUCAUCGGCGCAUCGUUUGUCCUAUGAUUGAUGUGAUCAGUAAUGAGGAUUUCCACUAUGAGUCCCAGGCAGGUGAUGUGAUGAGGGGGGCGUUUGACUGGGAGCUUUACUAUAAACGCAUACCAAUCAGUGAAGCAGAGAAUAAGAGACGGAGUCAUGAAAGUGAUCCUUUCAGAACCCCUAUCAUGGCUGGUGGCUUGUUUGCAGUAGACAGGAAGUAUUUCAUGGAGGAGUUAGGUGGCUAUGAUGAAGGAUUAGAAAUAUGGGGAGGAGAACAAUAUGAUCUGUCUUUCAAAGUAUGGAUGUGCGGUGGUGAAAUGGAGGAGAUACCGUGUUCGCGGGUCGGACACAUCUAUCGAAAAUUCAUGUCUUACACGGUGCCUGGAGGCGCAGGUGUGAUCAAUAAAAAUCUUUUAAGAGUGGUUGAGGUAUGGAUGGAUGAAUGGGGCAAGUAUUUCUAUGAACGUCGGCCAUACCUCAAGGGGCAGGACUUUGGCGAUAUCAGCAAACAGAUGGCCCUGCGAGAGAGACUGCAGUGUAAAAACUUCACCUGGUUUCUGACUGAGGUGGCGCCAGACAUCCUUCAGUAUUAUCCUCCUGUAGAGCCGGAAGGCGGGGCCAAGGGGCAUAUAACACAUAUGAGUACAGGAAAGUGCCUCACAUUAUCCCAGGCGGGUAAAGAUGAACUGAGGAUAGAGCAAUGUUCACCGAGAUUCAAAAAGGAGGGAGGUUCACAGUAUUGGGAAAUGACAUGGCAUGAUGAUUUCAGACCAGGGUCAAAAGGUCGUAAGCAGUGCGUUGACUUCCCCUAUGGAAGGGAAGGUGCAGAACCUAUCCUUUAUCCCUGCCAUCACGGAGGAGGAAAUCAGCUCUGGGUUUAUGAUGAGGAACGUCAUGUCAUCUAUCAUCCAGUCUCACACCUGUGUCUAUCUGUGGAUGGUGACAAAACAGUGAUGUCUCAUUGCGUUGAGGAUAAAGAGAAUUUAAAGUGGACCUGGGCGGAACCAAACUCUAAAAAGCUAAGGGAACUAGUUAAAAAACAUGCAAUCUUUUGAUGAAAGAUUUUUUUUAAGUGCAAAUAUUUUUUGUUCAUUGUAUGAGUUUUAUGUCCAAUGUGUACUCUCUUUGUUUCUUACAUCUUUUUUUUAAUGAUGGAUUACAAUUUCAUCAUCCAGUCCCUGUCAUAAAAAGCUUAUAAUUUUAGCAAUUAGUUAUAGGACUGAUGUUUAUGACUGAUUACUUUGAAAAAAAAUCAGUUAUGAACAUUAUUCCUGUGAUCAGCUUCUGAGUUUUGUGUCAUAAAGCCCUGAUUUAUUUUCUUUAUUAAUUUAUCAAAGCUUAUCCAAAUCCAAGUGUGGCUUGUUUUUUUUAACUCUUUCUUGUCUCAUUUCUAUGUUUAAACUUUGAUAAGCUAUUAUAUCCCAGUCUUAGUCUUUUUUCUUUUUUUUCCCUAUACUUUUUGCGCAUAGGGACAUGCAAUCUGCUAUGUGUGAUGCGCUAUGAAAGAAUGAGUAUUAAUAUUAUUAUUAAGAUGGAUAAAAAACCAGGGUGCCGUUUCAUAAAGACUUGUUAUAAUGAAAAAUGCAAAAUUUCUAUUACAAAUUUACAAUCAGCAAUCAGAUUGAAGGAUUUCAGUAGCUUUUAACUGUUACCGAAAAUUUGUUAUAACAAGUUUUAUUAAACAGGUCCCUGAUCCAAACACUUCAAAAAUCAGAACGUAUUGAUUAAAUGUUGAGUACUAUAUAAUUUAUAAAUAGAAAUACACAUUACUUUUUAUUCAUGACCAUUCCUGAUAUGGACACUCUGAUUUCAAUGAUAGUAGAUUGCAAUCAGUGACAGAAGGAAUCUGUAAGGUAUUGAUGAUAAUAUAAUGAUAGCAAUAGUAGAACAAAUGAAUAUGUUAUGACACAUACUGUGUGUAAGCCCAAAACAUGCAUUAAUUGUUCAAGCAUCUUUGAAUGUUAGCAAGAUAUAAUCUUAAAAACAACCAAAUAAUGUCACAGGAGUUAUGCCUUGCACAGAAUGCAAAUUCUUGAUCGAAUAUACCAGUACUUUCAUUCUUUUAUUUCUGACCAUAUUUGGUUUCAUAUUUUAAUAAUAUGGUGCUUAGAUUUGUCAGCCAUCCUAGCUAAGAUUCAAUAGUACAAUAUACAGAUAUCUGUCUUUGUUUCAUUAGUACAUUUAAAUCAUGUUUUCUUUUUAGAUCCUUCAUUGAUUCUUAUAUGUGGAUUGAACUUAAGAAAUAGAAAAUUCUUGAUUAAUUCGUGAUAUUUUUCAUUACGUUUAUUCAUAUAUAGAUGUUUGGUGUGUUUGUCAUUUUUAUCAAUACUAAACUUGCUGAAAUGUUUCUAUUAGCAUUACUAAUAUGUUCCAUUGUAUAUUUCACAUGAGACUAAGAUAUCAAAUGUUGGAACUGUGAUUCAAUAUAAAGUUUCACAACUAUUUUUGUAUUCCAUACUAUAUAACAUAUAAUUCCAACAUAAGUGAUAUUGACUGUUUUUUCCAUGUAAUCAUGGAAUAAAGAUAUUUACUUUUUUCCAUAGGAAUGCUGAAUAUUGCAGCGGACUAUUAGAAAAUAUUUCAAAAAUAUUAGUGAAUUUUUCCCUUUUUUUCAUUCAAUGAAAUAAAAACUUCAGUCAGAUAGAAAGAGGAUACAUUCAUACAUAGUACAAACCAUUGAAUAAAAGAGCUUUAAAAGUAUAUAUAUAUAUCAUUAUCACCCGUAUCAGACAUCUGAGCUGGUCAUUUACAAAACCGUAUUUCCCUGUAUUUUAUUAUUAUCAAGAAGGGAUAGGUAUAUUGUUUGUAUUUUCCUCGGUCUCAAUGCGCGUAUUGACUUUGCAUGCAGAGACGACGCAAAAUAUACCUUUGUAUUUUCCCUGGUCUCACAUCAGGGCCUUUGAGGAUGCGAAUGAAGUGAUACGCUUCAUAAUGUUCCGCGCACCAACGAUCUACGUCAUAAUAAAGACAACGCUGGAUCUGGGCGCUUGCAAGUAUGUUAUAAUGGUAAAGUGCAGAGCCUAGACACUGAUAUUAUCAUGACACAACAGAACUCUAUUCUUAAAAGAUAUCACUGUUAUCAUGAUUUUUGCUGUUGAUAUCUGAUUUGGAUGAUAAUAAAAAUAUUGACUGCCCUUCUUUCGGGGAACAUCAAAUAUAUUGCCCUUAAAAGACCCAUAUUGCCCUCGUUUAAAGACCCGGGCCAAUAUGAUUUUUUUUGCUGGCAAUAUAUUUGAUGUUCCCCUCAAGACCAGUCAAUAUUAUAUAAUUAUUUUCUUCUAAAGGAGAAUACCUGUUACGAGACAAAAUUUCAUUUUAUAAAAUCACCAAGACCUUUUCUCUGUACAUUACCAUAGUCUAAUACUUGAGCAUUCUCACAAGUAUGAAAUUAUUUUUUGUAGAGUAAUUACAAAAUGAAUGAUGAAUGCAUUGUUUUGUAUCUUUAUUUUCAUGCAUUUUCUUUACUCGCUUCCAAUACAAUCACAAUACUCAUGGCUGAGCCAUAUCUUUUCAAUGACAAUAAUAUUUCACACUAUAUCAUGAUAUUUUUGUCAAGUGCCUUAACUUUUGUAUUUGAUACGACAUAACUGUAAAUGUGUUAAUUGAUAUUUGGGUGAAACAUGCUAAGAGAGAUGUGAAGGGUGUCCGUUUCUGUUCAAAAGUGCAGGUCAGCAUUUUGUCUGCUCGAUGCCAAUAUAGGUUGAAAUCACUUUUUUAAAGGUAAAGUUUACCCCCAAGAUAAUGUUAGUAUGAAUAAAAUGAAGAAAAAAUCAAAUAAAAUUUGAGAUGAAAUUUUUAAGUUUCACUUUAUUUCAUAAAGCGUUCUUACUUUAACUUUCUUGUUUUACAUCCGAUUUUCAUGAAAUUUUCAGCUUGUUCGAUUUCCUCCUAUUUAUUAAAAGCAAUUACUUAGAAAAUAUCAAUGACCAUUUUCAUGCCAAAGCUGGGACUCAGAACCGGUUCAAUUAACAAUGGCCAUACUUUACUUGAUUGUGUUUUUACACAAUUAAUUCUAUGUGGUUUUUCAGCCAUUUGGUCAAUUCAAAAUUCAAGGUUCCUUAUAUAUAUCAUGCUUUUAACCUAAAAUAUCCCUCUUUCACUCAUCAUUUGAAAAAAUAUAAUAGUUUGAAUGGAUGAAACAUGAAUUUUCAAGGAAAAGUAAUUGGAAAUAGGGAUGGUUAAAGAUUACAGAACAUCAUCAGUAAAUCUGGAGAUAAGAUUAAUUGUUUAGUGGCUUGACACGGAUAUGAGCUGUUAUGAGAUGGUAACACUCACUUAAUGAUGAUAUAUGAUAUGAUUAUACUAUAUCACUAUGUAUUAAAUGAUGCAUUAACAAGAAGUAAGGUAAAGAGUUAAAAUAAUAUAAACAAUUGAGAAUAGCAUAGAGUUUUAAAUCAUAAUAGCCUGCUUGCCUUUUCUGUGAGUUUCACAUUGAUGCAUUGAUUUAAGAGAUAUGCUCCUGUUCAAAAAUGGAAAAUAAUGCAUUGAUUUGGUGGUGUUGGCAUUCUUUUUCUAGUUGUACUCAAUAUUCUGUUUCUGUUCAAAUUCUUAUUCAAAUAUACUGCUUAUCUGUCAUUUUAUGGAAACAUUUUUAAUCUUUUAGUGAAAAUAGUCAUUUAUAAUGAUUUAGUUUUUUUUACUAUCAGUACUACUAUGUCAUUAGUAGUGCCAUUUUUAGUUUGAAUUUUUUUUUGGCAACUUUAUUUUUUAUUAUAAUUUAAUGUGGGAUAUUUCUGCUUUUUGACAAGAUUUCAUAGAGGUAUAUUUCAUAUUUUGAAAAAUGUUUGUUUUAAUAUGUGCUUUUUUAAUUAGCAAUCUGGAUAUGAAUUUGUAAGAUUCUCAUAUCCUAUGUGUUUUUACAUGCUGCACUCUCAUAAUAUCAUGCUAGUUAGGUAGCCUAAAAUCUCAUUUACAUGACUUGUACACACAUAAAAACAAAAUGAAGAAAAUUCAAUGGCUUUGCAACUUACUGGAAUGGGAUCUUAGUUGAAUUUUUGCUUUUUGAAGAUUUUAUUCAUAUUUACUAGGUUUAUGAUUUUACUGUAGACCUGAGAAAUAAGAUAAAUUAGCUUAUGAUGUAUUGUGUAAAAGUUCAUUUGGGAUUCACACCUUAUGUCUAGCUGAUGUAUGGUGUAAAAGUUUAUCAUCAUCUGUUUUAGAAUCUUAGGGUCUAAAAAUCCUCUCCUGAUAACUUGUGUGUUUGGAGGUUUAACCUGAGUUGGUUAAUUAAAGUUUUUAACAGUUUAUUGACUUAAUUAGAUUAUGUUAAGGAUAGACUUACACCAAGACACAAGAUUCAAAUCGAAAAGAAGUCUUGAUUUUUCAGACGUCAUAUUGAUACACUGACACAUGAUCAAUCCGUGUAGAAAUUAAUGUGUAUUAAAUUAUUUAUCAUGCUACUUUCUAGAAAGGGACUUUUCACACCAUUGUAUUUCUUGACGUAGUCUACCUGGAGCCUGUAUCACAAUCAAUGUGAUCAAUGGCAAGUAGCAUAAUACUAAUAAUAAGCUACUGAAAUUGUCAAUUUGAUUUC